AUGGCAGAGCCAGCCCAUGGCCCUCUCUCACGUCUCCUGGUUCCUCUGCUUCUGGCAGUUGGCUGGAUAGUGGGAUGUGCCCUGAUGGUUUACAUUGUCUUCUCCUGA